UUAUAAAACUUUUUUAUUUUGGUUUUUUUUUAUAGGUGAACUUUGUUUUGCAGUUCAAUUCUUAUUUUUUAAUUAUUUCUAAUUUAUUCACAUAAAUAAACAUUUCAAAUGUCUUUAAAAACUAUAUUAUCAUCUAAUCUUUUAUCUAAAAACAUGGUUUCAUCUUCUAUGAUAAGAACGAUGAGUUCCAAAAUCAUACCCACAUCAUCUACAGAAAAUAAUUUCAAGUGCCUUUCGGUUGCAGUUCCAAAACCAUUUGUUUAUCAUGUCCAAUUAAACCGCCCUGAUAAAUACAAUGCUAUCAAUAAGCAAAUGUGGGUAGAUAUUAAAGAUUGCUUUGAAUCUUUGAGCAUGAAUCCUGAUUGUCGAGUUGUAGUAAUCUCUGCUGAGGGUAAGCACUUUACUGCUGGAAUCGAUUUAAAUGAUAUGAUGCAAUUAGCACAAGAACUCGCUGAAAUUGAAGAAGUCUCACGCAAGGGAUGUGCUCUAGAAAAGCUCAUUAAACUAUAUCAGGAUUCAAUAUCCUCUUUGGAAGUCUGUAAUAAACCUGUCAUUAGUGCUGUUCACUCAGCCUGCAUUGGUGCAGGAGUUGAUCUUAUUACAGCCUCUGACAUACGUUAUUGCACCAAAGAUGCAAUGUUUCAGGUAAAAGAAGUUGAAAUUGGAAUGGCUGCUGAUGUUGGUACUCUUCAACGUUUCCCAAAAGUUAUUAAUAGUCAGAGUUUGGCAAGAGAAUUAUGUCUGACUGGUAGAAAGUUCCUUUCUGAUGAAGCUAAAAGUUGUGGUCUUGUUAGCAAGGUUUUUGAAAAUAAAGAUGAAAUGAUUAAGACUGCACUCAGUUUGGCUGAAGAUUUAGCCAGUAAAAGUCCUAUUGCUGUUCAAGCUACGAAAAAGAAUAUAAUUUAUUCUUUUGAUAGACCCAAUCAAGAGGGCUUGGAUCAAAUUCGUGAAAUGAAUAAGUUAUAUUUGCAAAGUGAAGACUUUAUCAACGCCACAAUGGCUCAGUUGACCAAGGGAGAGAUACCCACAUUUUCUAAGUUGUAAAAAAUAUUUCAUUUACUGUGUUUUAUAAAACAUAUUUCAUUUAGUUAAGAUUUUUUUUUAAAUAAAUAAAGCGGCAUUUAAAUAAGAA